UGUGCCCUUCUCCGCUGGUCGUCGGCCCCGUCACUUCGGUUCCUAGCGGCGGAGGCGUGGUGCUAUCAGCUGUGUUCCUCCGCGCCGCAGCCCUGCUGUCCUCUUAGGACUCUGCACAUCUCCAGGAGAGGAACCCAGAAAGUUGAUCAGUUCUGACAGUUCUCAAAACCAUGGCUCACUGGUUGGUAACUUUCAGGGAUGUGGCCAUCAACUUCUCUCAGGAGGAAUGGGAAUGCCUUGACCCCAUUCAGAGGGAUUUGUACAGGGAGGUCAUGGUGGAGAACUACAGCCACCUGAUCUCACUGGCUGGAUGUUCGAUCCCUAAGCCAGACGUGUUUUCCUUAUUGGAGCGAGGGAAGGAGCCCUGGAUGGUGGUGAGAGCCAUGACAAGAUGGAGCUCAGACUUGGAAUACAGCUGUGAGACCAAAAAGUCAUGCCCAGAAAAGGGAACUUAUGAAAUGGAAUCACUGCAAUGGGAGAAUAUGAGGAAACCUAUCAGCCAAAACCUUGAGUGCAAUUAUCUUGGAGAAAAUACAGACUGCAAAGGCAAGUUUGAGGAUCAACAGAGAAGUCAGGAAAGACCAUACAUGCACAUGAAAAUUACCUGUAAAGAAGAGGCCACUCAAAGCCAUUCCAUGUCCCCUAUUCUUCAUCAGAUAAAUCCUACCAAGGAAAAAUUGUACAAAUGUAAGGAAUGUAAACAAGCUUUCGGCUACUUGUCAUGCCUUAUUCAGCAUGAGAAAAGUCAUAAUAAAGAAAAACACUCUGAUGUUAAGAAAUGUAGGAAGAUCUUCAGCAAAACACCAACCUAUAUUCAACAUCAGAGGAUUCAGAAUGGUGAGAAACCUUAUGAGUGUAUGGAGUGUGGAAAGGCCUUUGGUCGUAGUUCUGAUCUGAUUCAACAUCAGAAAAUUCAUACUAAUGAAAAACCUUAUCAAUGUAAAGCAUGUGGGAAGGCCUUUAUUCGUGGUUCACAACUCACUGAACAUCAGAGAGUUCAUACAGGAGAGAAACCAUAUGAAUGUAAGAAAUGUGGAAAAGCCUUUAGUUAUUGUUCACAAUAUACACUCCAUCAGAGAAUUCAUAGUGGUGAAAAACCUUAUGAAUGUAAGGAAUGUGGGAAGGCCUUUAUUCUUGGCUCUCAGCGUACUUACCAUCAGAGAAUUCAUAGUGGUGAGAAACCCUAUGAGUGUAAGGAAUGUGGAAAGGCUUUUAUUCUUGGUUCACACCUUACUUAUCAUCAAAGAGUUCAUACUGGUGAAAAGCCUUACAGAUGUAAAGAAUGUGGGAAGGCCUUUUUAUGUGCCUCCCAACUUAAUGAACAUCAGAGAAUUCACACAGGUGAGAAACCCUAUGAAUGUAAAGAAUGUGGAAAGGCCUUUUCUCGUGGCUCACAACUUACUUAUCAUCUGAGAGUUCAUACAGGUGAGAGACCCUAUAAAUGCAAAGAAUGUGGGAAAGCCUUUAUUUCUAAUUCUAAUCUUACUCAACAUCAGAGAAUUCAUACAGGUGAGAAACCUUACAAAUGUAAGGAAUGUGGAAAGGCCUUUAUUUGUGGCAAACAACUUAGUGAACAUCAGAGAAUUCAUACAGGUGAGAAACCCUUUGAAUGUAAGGAAUGUGGAAAGACCUUUAUUCGUGGUGCAUAUCUUACUCAACAUGAGAAAAUUCAUGGUGAGAAGCAUUAUGAAUGUGAGGAAUGUGGGAAGACCUUUUUUCGUACCACACAACUUACAUAUCAUCAGAGAAUUCAUACAGGUGAAAAACCCUACAAAUGUAAAGAAUGUGACAAAGCUUUUAUUUAUGGCUCACAACUUAGUGAACACCAGAGAAUUCAUAGAGGUGAAAAACCCUAUGAAUGUAAGCAAUGUGGGAAGGCCUUUAUUCGUGGCUCACACCUUACUGAACAUCUAAGCACUCACAAUGGUGAGAAACCCUAUGAAUGUAAGGAAUGUGGGAAGGCCUUCAGUCGUGGCUCAGAAUUUACUCUACAUCAAAGGAUCCAUACUGGUGAGCAACACUAUGCAUGCAUACAGUGUGGUAAAGACUUUAGACGUCAUUCACAACUUAUUCAACAUAUGAGGCUUCAUAAUUGAGAAAGCUUUAUAUAUGAUUUAAUAUAAGAAAGCCUUCACCCAUCUUCAGCAGCUCUGGAAUAUUAGAGAACUUAUAUUAUGUUUGUAAUGAAAUAGGACAUCCUUUUGAUUGUGUUCAAAAUCAACUCAUUUUCAGAAAGCUUAUAUUAACUUCAUGAAUGAAGAAAUAAAUGACUUCAGGAACCCAUUAAACAUUUAAAAAAAUCUCUAUAACCCUGGAAUGUAAUGCUGAAUUAUAUCCUUUAUUGAGCACCAUCUCUAUUUUAAUAUUUCCUAACUGUGAAAUUGGAUAGGUUACUUAACUUCUCUGUGCCUCCAUUUCUUUAUGUGUAAAAUACUAUAAUGGUAUAAUAAUGAUCAAAUUGUAAGUGAUUAAACACGUGUA